AAAAAAAGCAAAGAAAAGAAAAGAAGAAAAAAAAAGCAACUCCACUUCUCGUUGAGGUUGGCCGACCAAUUUUUGAUGAUACAUUUUCAAAUAUCGGGGAGGGUAUAAGGGGGUAUGAACGUACACGGUUUACGCAUACUAUCAUCAUUUUUCCCCUUGGCUCUCCUGUUUCUGAUGACCCACGAAGGAAUACAUACAUACCUACCCAACUCUGCUGUAUUCACCCAAAAAAAGAUACCCCUCCAUCCCAGUGGCUUUUACUGGCUUUUAGACUACCUAGGCGUUCUGGAAUCUUUCUUUUUCGCUAUUUUUUGCCAUCAACAGGAGAGAUUGGCUUUUGCUAGCUUGUUUCGCUGGGCGAAGGAGAUGUUGAAGAAAAGAAACACAAAACACCACACGGUUUAGAAAGCUAGGAAAGGGGGAAAACACGUUUGCGGCUAUAUCCUUUUUGCAGAACUUUGUCUUUUUUUGCUGGGUUGCUUUUUCACUUUGAUUUUAUUCAUGACGAGUACUCAACAUCACGGGGCGCAAUUGUUACUACCCAUCAGAUUGUCAAACAAACACUUUGGGAAUUAUACUCGCAAAAGGGCAACCAGGAGGAGGAGGACAAGGAACAACAGAAACGCACCACAGGCUUGGGCGCACCUCUUCGCCACCCGUAUUCCAUUUCUCCUAUGUCUUUUUUUCGACGAAGGAAAGCCAAAAAAAA